UGCGGGAGGCACCUCUUCCGCAGGCGCUGGCACCUGCGAGCGGGUCCAAGAUGGCGGAAGGCGGCGAUGCGGGGCCGGGGGAGCCGGACCGACCCUCUGGGCCGAGACCCCCGAGCGCGCGGGACUUGCAGUUGGCCUUGGCAGAAUUGUACAAAGAUGAAGUGAAAUGCAAAUCUUCCAAAACUGAUAGACCUAAAGCUUCAGUCUUUAAAAGCCCACGAACACCACCUCAAAGGUUCUAUUCAAGUGAGCAUGAAUACAGUGGAUUGCAUCUAGUUCGACCUUCAACUGGGAAAAUAGUGAAUGAACUUUUCAAAGAGGCAAAGGAACAUGGGGCUGUCCCUCUACAUGAAGCCACAAGAGCUUCAGGUGAUGACAAAACUAAGUCCUUUACAGGUGGAGGAUACAGAUUGGGUAAUUCCAUUUGUAAACAGUCUGAAUAUAUCUAUGGAGAAAAUCAGAUGCAAGAUGUUCAGAUUUUGCUUAAGUUGUGGAGCAAUGGUUUCAGUUUAGAUGAUGGAGAAUUGAGACCGUACAAUGAUCCAGUGAAUGCUCAAUUUCUGGAGUCUGUUAAAAGAGGAGAAAUUCCCCCAGAGCUUCAGCGACUGGUUCAUGGUGGCCAAGUGAACUUGGAUAUGGAGGAUCAUCAGGAUCAAGAAUACAUAAAACCCAGAUUGAAGUUCAAGGCUUUUAGUGGAGAUGGACAAAAACUUGGAAGCCUUACCCCUGAAAUUGUCAGUACACCUUCCUCCCCAGAAGAGGAGGAGAAGUCAAUACUUAAUGCAGCUGUUCUGAUUGAUGAUUCAAUGCCAACAACAAAAAUUCAAAUCAGGCUGGCAGAUGGGAGUCGUUUGAUACAAAGAUUCAAUAGUACACACAGGAUCCUGGAUGUUCGGGACUUCAUUAUACAGUCCCGUCCUGAAUUUGCAAAUCUUGACUUUAUUCUUAUAACUUCAUUUCCAAGCAGAGAGCUAACCGAUGAAAGCCUGACACUACAAGAAGCAGGUAUUAUUAACACUGUGAUUCUCCAGCAACUGAAAUAAUGCUGCUCCUAUUCAUGUUGUAACACAAAGGAGAGAUGAUGUGCCAUAUUAAUAAGGAAAACUUAACUUAUACAAGUACCAAAUUGUUUUUAUAAUUUAUACAGAUGCAUUUUGGUUUUAUUUUUAUUUUAUCCUCCAGCCUUAGUAUAGGUGAAUUUGGACUAGGAGUAGAUCUUGAGAUAAAUGUCUUUGAAUUAUUAUUUGUAGGGCUGGUUUAUGUUGAUAGCUUUUAAAUAUCCACAAACCAAUUUGUUAUAUGCCCAGAGUUCAUGUAACAACAUUUGUUGGCAGAGAAAAUUAACACAAUUCCAUUUUGAUAAAUUUGGUAAAAUUUGCAGUAAAGUUUCUUGAUGAUGCAUUGAUCAAAAGCCAUUAAGGAAUUUUCUGAUCAAAUGUUUUGAAAAUUUAUCUAUAAUAUAUACUAAAGAGUAUCUUUAUUCUGAUUUUGAAAUACUUUGAUCAUGCAAUGAUUAUUUCUCCUAUUAAGAUAUUAUACAUCCUUUUUACUUACUGACUUAGCUAUAUUACUGUUCAACCUUGUAUUUUAUGGAACUGUGAACAUUAUAAACUUGAAACAAACAUAAAGGUCAGCUAUUCUUGAGAUGUGGUAAACAGCACUUUAAAAAAGAGGAAUUAUAGUCCCUCCCAGAGCUUGCCUUGAUCACAUUCAUUUAUUCAGUCAACACAUGUUUCUAGGGGCCCACUAUAGAUACUAAACUGUUCUCAGUGUCAAAGCCAGAAUGUUUUCUACUUCAGAACAAAACUAGUAUAGAAAUACAGGAAUGUCAGUUCUGUCAGGCCCAAUGGAUCUGAAGAAAGACCAGUGGAAAGGUUUGCAUUCCUGCUGAAGCCAGGUAUUUCCUGAGUGAGGCAGGUACAUCAGGAAUGAUAGAAAAGCUUGUUCUUCUUCCCAGACACCACGUCAUCUUAGGUCACCCACUCCUGGUUAGUUUUCUAUUGCUGCUAUAACAAGUUACUGUAAACUUAGUGGCUCAUGACAGCGGAGAUUUAUUAUCCUCUAAUUCUAUAGGUUAAACUAGUGUCACUGGGCUAAAGUUAGGUGCUGACAGGACUGCAUUCUUUCGGGAGACUCUGGAAGAAGCAUUUCCUGGCCUUUUCAACUUCUGGAGGCCACUUGCAUUGGUAGGCCUGUGGCCCUCUGUUCCCAUCUUCAAAGCCAGCAACAUUGUAUCUUUCUGACGGUUCUGUCAUCAUAUUUCUAUGACAACGGCCAGGAAAGGUUCUCUGCUUUUAAGGACUCAUGUGAUUACAUUGGGCCCACUAGGUAAUCCAGGAUUAUCUCCUCAUCUUAAGGUCUAUAGUAACCUUAACCACAUCUUUAAAGUCCCUUUUACCAUGUAAAGUAGCAUCUCAGAUUCCUUCUGGAGGCUCCAGGGGUGAAUCUGUUCUUUGCCUCUUCCAACUUGUAGAGGCUGCUGGCAUCCCCUCACUUAUGGCUGUAUCCCUCCAGUCUCUGCUUCUGUUCUUACCUCUUUUAGUCCCAACUUUAAUUCUGCUUUUGUCUUACAAGGAUCCUUGUGAUUAUAUUUUGUUUUCCUAGAUAAUCCAGGAUAAUCUCUCAAAAUGCUUACUAUAAUUACAUCUGCAAAAUGGACACAUUUGAGCAUUAGAACAUGAGCAUUUUGUGGGGCCAUUCUACCUACCACAGUUUACUCCCACCUAAAAGUUCACAUCCAUCCCAAAUAAAGUUACCCCAUCCAGAGGUGCUCAAAAGCCUCAGACUAUUACAGCAUCAACUUCAAAUGCAAUAUCUUAUCUGAAUUUCACCCUCUCAAAAAUUCCAAAUCUCAGUUUAAUCAUCUAAGAUAGGUAUGAGUAAGGAUUUGGGUGUGAUUCCUGAAAGAUACUUUCUCUCCGUCUGUGAACCUAGAACCAGUUGUCUUCUCCCAAAUAUGAAGAUAGGAAGGCGUAGAAUAACAGUGAUGGACAUUCCUGUUCAAAGAAUCAGAAAACGGAAUGAAAAAAGGAGCCACCAGUGCCAGGCAAUUUAGAAAAUCAGCCAGGCACUCCGUUCGGUUUCAAAGCCCGGGCAUAGUCUUCUGUGGCUGGCAGCACCAUUCUCCAGGCUUGUGGAUAUCCUAGAGCAGUGGUCGGCACACUGCGGCUCGCGAGCCGCAUGCGGCUCUUUGGCCCCUUGAGUGUGGCCACGAAGUUUCAAUCGCACUGUAUGUGCGCGCCUACACGUGGUAUUUUGUGGAAGAGCCACACUCAAGGGGCUGCAGUUUGCCGACCACUGUCCUAGAGGACAUCCUUUCAGAGUCAGAACUUCUUCAUGAAAGGCAGCACAUGUGUGCAGCUGAGUAGUUUUGUCAACUUAUUUCUUACCUGUGGAAUUCUGGGAGGUCUGAUCAUCUCUCAUUUCACACACUCUCUAUACCUUUCCAUUUAAGAUGGCCAUGUCUGCUGGUAUAACAUUCUCAAAAAACAUGUGGAUCUUCUGUUUAUGUUAUGGGGAUUCACUGUAGACCAGAGGCUCCUCCACAUAUUUUUCCUGGGUAAUCCCUAACUCUUUCUGACUUUUUCUGAGAUGGCUGGAGGGUCUGUAAGUCAUACCCUAAUCCCUUCAAAGAAUCUUUUGUGUGACUAAAUACUCAGGCCUUUUUUAUCUUUCUUGAGUAUUAGCAAAAGUUGUACAACUAUCCCCUUAUCUCUUUCCCUAGAGUAGGCUUUCCUGAAUCUCUUCAUUUAAAAAAAAAAAAAUGUUUUUAUUGAUUUUAGAGGUAAAGGAAGGGAAAGG